AAUAAAGGUGGGUUGGAAGCUAAACUAUCAUACCAAUCAGUGUCUAUAUUCUUAUUCCAAUGGCACCAACAGCUCCAACCAUGUUUGCAAAAUUCCAUUCAAAUGGUGAUGAGGGAGCAAUUGAUCAAGAAGAACUUAGUGAAGAAAUGAAGGAUCUCAUUCUCUCUCUUCCAAGAGAGAGAGGUUGGAGAACCAAAUAUCUAUAUCUAUUCCAAGGCUUUUGGUGCCAACCAGCUGAAAUCCAAGCCAUAAGCACUUUUCAGAAGCACUUCCAAGCCAAGCACAGUGAUGUCUUUGUUGCCACAGUGCCAAAAUCAGGCACCACAUGGUUGAAGGCACUAACCUUUGCCAUUGUAAACCGCCAGAAACAUUUAACCUUCUCCAAGAGCCACCCUUUAUUAAAUUCCAAUCCCCAUGACCUUGUUCCUUUCAUUGAGUACACUGUUUAUGGGAAACAUGACAAGGUUCCUGAUUUAUCCAAAAUCCCUGAGCCAAGGCUUUUUGGAACCCACAUUCCAUUUUCUUCUCUGCCCAAUUCAAUCACCAAAGGCUCCAAUUGCAAGAUUGUUUAUAUCUGCAGGAACCCUUUUGACACUUUCAUCUCUUCUUGGUGUUUUGUCAACAAAAUCAAACCACCUUCAUUACCCACAUUGAUGCUUGAGGAGGCUUUUGACAUGUUUUGUAAUGGGGUGGUUGGGUUUGGCCCAUUUUGGAAUCACAUGUUGGGUUAUUGGAAUGAGAGCAUUGAGAGACCAAACAAGGUUCUGUUCUUGAAAUAUGAGGACAUGAAAGAAGAUCCUGUUUUUCACUUGAAAAAGAUUGCUGAGUUCUUAGGUUGCUCUUUCUCCUUGGAGGAGGAAAGUGGGGGUGUAAUUGAGAACAUAAUUGAUUUGUGUAGCUUUGAGAAGAUGAAGGAAUUGGAGGUAAAUAAGUCUGGAACAUUUGCCAGGAUUUUCAAGAACAAGUUCUUGUUCAGGAAGGCUGAAAUUGGGGAUUUUGUGAAUCAUCUGUCACCUUUCAUGGUGGAGAAAUUAUCCAAAGUCAUGGAAGAGAAGCUAGGUGGGUGUGGUUUGUCAUUUAGAGUGAACUCUCAAUAGUGGGGCAUGAACAAUUAAUCUACAUGUACGAAGUUGUACAAGUAACUUUACAAGAUGGGCCUACUCUGUUUGUUUUUAGCUAUAUAUAUAAUGCAAUAACCAUAUAUGUGUUUCAUAAACAUGUGAAACAAAUGUGGUUGUGGAUUUCCCAUUUUCAGAAUAAAAAGGUUUAUUGUGGACAGAAA